CUGCCUUGCGGAAAUUCAAAUUGACAAAGACCAUUUCUGACUUGAUUAAUAUAUGCAGCCUCACCUACAUUUACUGGACAGAAGUUGGAAAUAGAGAAACCAAUGGCUGCGGGGCAGCGGCAGGGGUCAUCUCCAUCAAGUACUCAAUCAACCGUUAGAGAACAACAGAGAUCAAUUGAGGUUUUUGAAUCAGCAAGUACUCAAAAUGUUGGACAAUCUAGUGAUACAAUUGAGGGUUCUAGUACACAAGUGGAAGAGGAAGGAUCUUCAAUGAAUGCCACUUCUGCUACUAAGAAAGAGCCUGUGGACAAGUGGAUGGCUUUUGGAGGAGAGACAGCCAAUAAUUCGAAGAUCAUAAGCUGUGAUGACUCCAUCAAAAACUUGAAUGGGGCUAGCACUGCAGGGAAAGAUUCAAAUGGACAGUCUACUCAUAGAAUUUUGACUGAAGCUAGCAUAGCUGAAAGGACUGCAGAAUGGGGCAUUGCAGUGAAGUCAGAUGUUGGAGAAGGUAGUUUCGAAGUGGUUGGUAGAACCAUAACGGCAACUGGAGAAGGUGAUCAGAACAAAAAUUCAUUAGAUAAAUUUGCAGUGGAAUCGGCAAGGACAUCAGAGGAAUCGAAUUACGGAUUGGAACAGGGGAACUUUCCUAGUGCGUCACAGGAGCUGAAGGAUGCUUUGUCAACCCUGCAGCAAACUUUUGUUGUAUCUGAUGCCACCAAACCAGACUGCCCUAUAAUGUAUGCCAGCAGCAGAUUUUUCAGCAUGACUGGUUAUUCAUCAAAGGAGGUCAUAGGAAGAAACUGCCGCUUUCUACAAGGACCAGAAACAGACAGGAAAGAGAUUGCCAAGAUCAGAGAUGCAGUUAAGAAUGGAAAAAGCUAUUGCGGCAGGCUCCUCAAUUACAAGAAGGAUGGAACUGCUUUCUGGAAUCUUCUCACCGUCACUCCCAUCAAAGAUGAUCAUGGAAAAGCCAUCAAAUUCAUUGGAAUGCAGGUGGAAGUCAGCAAAUACACUGAAGGCAUCAAUGAAAAGGCAUUGCGGCCUAAUGGACUGCCCAAGUCCUUAAUUCGUUAUGAUGCUCGCCAGAAGGAUAAGGCUUUAGACUCCAUCACAGAAGUUGUUCAAACUUUGAAACAUCCUCAAUCUCACAUUCGGACGAUAAGUAAUGAUGCCUCUGACAAGCUUGAAGAGAAGGAUAAAUUCAACCUUGACUACGUUCUGCCUAAAUCUGGUGAAAUUGAUAACAUUAGUACCCCUGGGAGAUAUACACCCCAGUCAGACUUCAGUACUGCUACUCUCGGGCAGGAAAUUGGCAAGAAAACUAGAAAAUCAGCACGCAAUUCUUUAAUGGGGUCUAAAGGCAUGUCUUUCAGCUCUUCAGCCAAGCAAGAAAAACAACCAGUUGUUGAACCAGAGGAGUUAAUGACCAAAGACAUAGAACGCACUGACAGUUGGGAACGUGCUGAAAGAGAAAGGGACAUACGCCAAGGGAUGGAUCUAGCAACAACAUUGGAACGUAUUGAAAAGAAUUUUGUGAUCACAGAUCCUAGACUCCCUGAUAAUCCCAUUAUAUUUGCAUCUGAUAGCUUUCUUGAAUUAACGGAAUAUACACGUGAGGAAAUCUUGGGAAGGAACUGUAGGUUUCUUCAAGGACCAGAAACCGAUCAAGCAACUGUGUCAAAGAUAAGAGAUGCUAUUAGAGAACAGAGAGAAGUCACUGUUCAGUUGAUCAACUACACAAAAAGCGGCAAGAAAUUCUGGAAUUUAUUUCACCUGCAACCUAUGCGUGACCAAAAGGGUGAGCUCCAAUAUUUCAUUGGCGUCCAACUUGAUGGAAGUGAUCAUGUUGAACCCCUACGAAACCGCGUCUCUAAGAAAACGGAGCAACGAAGUGUUAAGUUGGUCAAAGCCACAGCAGAAAAUGUUGAUGAAGCUGUUCGAGAACUUCCUGAUGCCAAUUUGAGACCAGAAGAUUUGUGGGCACUCCAUUCUCAGCCUGUCUUUCCACGACCUCACAAAAGAGAUAAUUCUUCUUGGCUAGCAAUUCAGACGAUUACUUUCCGUGGUGAAAAAAUCGGUCUCCAUCAUUUUAAGCCCAUAAAACCCUUGGGCUGUGGUGAUACUGGCAGUGUUCAUCUGGUGGAACUGAAAGGUACAGGAGAAUUAUUUGCUAUGAAGGCAAUGGAGAAAUCAGUAAUGUUGAAUCGUAACAAGGUUCAUCGAGCAUGCGUUGAAAGGGAAAUCAUCUCACUCCUGGAUCAUCCUUUCCUUCCCUCAUUGUACUCUUCUUUUCAGACUCCCACACAUGUUUGUUUGAUAACAGACUUUUGCCAUGGUGGAGAGUUAUUUGCCCUGCUUGAUCAGCAGCCUAUUAAAAUUUUCAAAGAAGAAUCUGCAAGGUUCUAUGCAGCAGAGAUUGUCAUUGGUUUGGAGUAUCUUCAUUGUCUAGGAAUAAUAUAUCGAGACCUGAAGCCGGAAAACAUCCUACUCCAGAAGGAUGGUCACGUUGUAUUAACCGACUUUGAUUUAUCAUUCAUGACUUCCUGUAAACCCCAAGUUUUAAAGUAUCCCUCGCCUAACAAGAGGAGGAAAUCAAGGAGUCAGCCACCUCCAACAUUUGUUGCAGAACCAGUUACACAGUCAAAUUCAUUUGUUGGAACUGAAGAAUACAUUGCUCCGGAAAUUAUUACAGGUGCAGGACACAGUAGUGCAAUUGAUUGGUGGGCUCUCGGUAUUUUGCUGUACGAGAUGCUUUAUGGCCGUACGCCUUUCAGGGGUAAAAACAGGCAGAAGACGUUCUCCAACAUCUUGCACAGAGACCUCACCUUCCCAAGUAGCAUUCCGGUUAGUCUUGCAGCUAGGCAGUUGAUCAAUGCAUUGUUGAACCGAGACCCUGCCAACCGUUUAGGGUCGGGUAGAGGUGCCAAUGAAAUCAAACAACACCCUUUCUUUCGUGGCAUCAAUUGGCCUCUCAUACGGUGCACGAGCCCACCGCCAUUGGAGGUACCUCUUCAAUUAAUCUUGAAAGAUAGCAGCACCAAAGAUGUAAGUUGGGAAGAUGAUGGAGUGCUGGUUAAUUCUAUUGACAUGGAUAUUUUCUAAAGGUAUACACAUAAAACGGGGCAUUGCGGUACAUCAACAGACAAGAUGCUUCCAAAGUGCCACUCAAACAUGAAACUGGCUUGGUGGCUGCACAAAUAGGCUUUUGGGUGAGGUUGAUCGGAGGACAACCCAGUUUGGGAGAAAAACCUCAACUCAAGCAGUUAGGUGAAGGAUAGAUGCCCCUAUCAUGAACAAAGUUACGUGGAGCCCCCGUGGUGUAGGCAUGAGUUUGAGUCGAUAUAAAAGUGUUACUAUGUUUAGAUUAAUGAAAAAGAGAUAUUUUAAUCUAAUUAUACUUAAAG